CUCGUUUACAGUUUCUUCAGAGCAGCCAAAGUGAAACACACGGAAAGACACAGAGCACACGGUAGCGUUAGCUUUUCUUUUGUUAGAAGGUAAUUUGAAAACUGGUUUGGUGUUUUAGGUAAAUAUUUCCGUGUUUGCAGUAAACAUGUCUUCAGUUCAGCCUCAGAUAGAGUUUAUCAACGAGCAGGAAACUCCUGCUGGAGAAACAUUCACGGAGUUUAAAGAAAUCAAAGUCAAGAUCGAGGAAGAGAUGGAGGAUCAGACUGAAAUCAACGUUAAGUCCGAGGAAGAGAUGGACGAUCAGCGCAGACUGAUGGAUUUCACCAGGAUACCGAAGAUCAUCUUACACCGGAUAGAUCUCCCACAGUGCUGGGUGUAUAAAGAGGAGGAGGUUCUCAAUGAAUUCACAGAUUGUUUCAAGGAGGAGAACUCCACUGUAGGACAAGAGGAACCAGAAGCUCUGAAGAUAAAACAAGAGCAAGAGUUCAAAGAGGAAGAGAAGCCACUCUGCAUUAGUCAGGAUGAAGGGCAUCUUGUGCUGAAACAGGAGACUGAUGACAUUUUGGUGAAUCCUCCUAAUGUGCAAAGAAUCCACAAUGAAACAGAACCACAGAGGAACCAACUCAUCUCUCAUGGUUCUCCAGAAGCUGAGAACCAGGAUAAGGAAGGAAGCAAUUCUGAAGACCCAGGAAAAAAGAAAGAACAGAAACACAACGAAAGAUGUCAGAAAACUACAAAUUGGAAAAGUAAAACUGACAGUUCAAAGCAAAAAACACACAAGGAAGCUCACCUACACCAACAAUUGUAUUCUUGUAAAGUUUGUGAUAAAACCUUUUCUCAAAGGAGAUACCUGACUAAACACACUAGAAUUCAUUCGGACAAGAAGCCUUUCACGUGUUCAGUCUGUGGUAAACGUUACGUUCAAAAGUUCAGUUUAAUUUAUCACAUGAGAAUUCACACAGGUGAGAUGUUCUCAUGCAUUAAUUGUGGGAGAAAUUUCAGUAGGCAAUCAUCUUUAAGAAAUCAUAUGAAAAUUCACACGGGCGAGAAACCUUUCUCAUGUGUCACCUGUGAAAAAAGGUUCUGCAGUAAAUCCAGAUUAAAUAUCCACAUGAUGAUUCACACAGGAGAGAAACCUUUCUUAUGUGGCACCUGCGGAAAAGGUUUCCGAUUCAAAUCUAAGUUACUUGGUCACAUGAGAAUUCACACAGGUGAGAAGCCUUACUCGUGUGGGACCUGUGGAAAAAGUUUCGCUGUGAAAGAUAAUUUAGAUCAACACAUUAGAUGUCACACAGGUGAGAGGCCUUUCUUGUGUUCUAUCUGCGGUAAAAGUUUUACUAAUAGAUCUGGUAUAACUUAUCACAUCAGAACUCACACAGGUGAGAAGCCUUACACAUGUGUGACCUGUGGAAAAAGUUUUUCCCAAAGAACCGUUUUAAAAUACCACAUCAGAACUCACACAGGUGAGAAACCUUUCUCUUGUGUGACUUGUGGAAAGGACUACCCAUCCAGAUCUCAGUUAAAUUGUCAUAGGAGGAGUCACACGAGUGAGAAGCAUUUCUCAUGUCCAAGCUGUGAAAAAAAAUUCUUCACUAAAAUUGCUUUAGCCACUCACAUGAAGACUCASACAGAUGAGAAGCCUUUCUCAUGUGUGACUUGUGCAAAAAGCUACAGAACCAAAUCUGAUUUAAAACGUCACACGAUGAUUCACACAGGUGAGAAGCCUUUCCUGUGUGAGAAGUGUAGAAAAAGUUUUCGAAGCAAAUAUGAGUUACUGAGUCACAUGAAGAUUCACACAUGUGAGAAGCCUUUCUUGUGUGAGACCUGUGGAAAAAGUUUCCCUGCAAAAGCUUGUUUAGAUCAACAUGUUAGAGGUCACUCAGGUGAGAGGCCUUUCGUGUGUAUUACCUGUGGAAAGAGUUACAUUGGAAGAAGCAGUUUAGCUUAUCACAUGAGGAUUCACACAGGGGAAAAGCCUUUCUCUUGUGUGACCUGUGGAAAAAGUUUUCGAUGCAAACCUCAGUUAACUAGUCAUAUGGUGGCUCACAUGAGUAAGAAACCUUUCUCAUGCACAAGUUGUGACAGAAGUUUUUUAAACAAAAUUAGUUUAACUUAUCACAUGAAGACUCACACGGGUGAAAACCUUUUUUCAUGUGUGAAUUGUGGAAAAAGCUAUCAAAGCAGAACUAAUUUAAAUCGUCACAUGAUAACUCACACAGAUGAAAAGCCUUUUUCUUGUGUGACUUGUGGAAAAAGCUUCCAUAGCAAAUUUAAUUUAAAUCGUCACAUGACGAUUCACAAGUGAGGAGCCUUCCUCAUGUGUGACCAGUGGGAAAAGUUUCACUCAAAAAAAUGAAAGCUUAACCGCUCAUGUGAGAGCAACAUAAUGUGAAUCUUUCCAUGAAACUGUUUUAUUUCAAGUGUUUUUAAAAAAUUAACUACGUAUUUUUAAAAGUGAUAUUUGUAGUGUCUUAAAGGAACAAUGCAUUUGAAAAUUUUUAGUUUUACAUUAAACCUCUUUGGAGUCUUUGUGUGUUUAUCCUUUGUUGUGUUUAUACUUUUAGUUCCAUGAUUUUGGUUAGUGGUUAUCUGUUACUGUAUGAACUGGUAGAAUCUCAAAUUAAUUUUGCUAAUAUUUUCUGAAUUUGAACCUAAAUAUACAUUAUUAUAGGUGCCAUACAUUGUGGAGCAAAAGUUAAACAGAUAUCAGACAAAAUAACCGUUAAACAUGAACACAACACCCACAUUUCUGUAUCACAUUUGUUUUUUUAGUGGUUUGAUGUUAUGCUGCGAUUUUAAAGAUGUUUUUAUUGCCUGUAAAUGGAAAACCAUCGUAUUUAAAAGAAAUAAAGGCUCACAUAUUCA